AUGCUGAUAAAAUCAUUUUUAAUUAAUUUAAUCUUACUUCUUUUGUUCAUAAUUCAUGUCAUCACUAGUCUAGAACAAUGUAAUUCACAAGAAUCAUGUUCAUCAUGUUUAUCAUUAUCAAAUCAAUGUGCUUGGUGUUCUCAGAAUUCAUCGGAUAUGUCAACACGUAAUGGUUCUUUUUUUCAUUGUGACACAAUUGAUAAUUUACAAUUGACAUGUCCAGAUCAUUUAGUAUCAUUUAAAAGUUAUCAUUAUGUUUUACAAAAUGAUUCACUUUCAAAUGCAAUUACGAAUACAUCACAAGCUGUUCAAUUAUCUCCUCAAGCUGUUCAUGUUAUAUUACGAAUAAAUGAUUCAGAAAAAAUUCCAAUACGUUUUCGUCAAGCAGAAGAUUAUCCAGUUGAUUUAUAUUUUCUCAUGGAUUUAUCACAUUCUAUGCUUGAUGAUAAAGAAAAAUUAAGUUAUUUAGGACGAAUAUUAGCAACACAAAUGCAAUCAAUAACAAAAAAUUUUCGUCUUGGUUUUGGUUCAUUUGUUGAUAAAAAUGUUCCACCAUUUGUACAACCAGCACCAAAUACAGUUGAACGUCCAUGUCCAACUAGUUAUAAUGGACCCUGUGUUAAAGCUUAUGGAUUUAAACAUCAUAUGAAAUUAUCAGAUGAUGUUGCGGAAUUUGAGUAUCAAGUACGAGAAGCACCCGUUUCCGGAAAUAUUGAUGCACCUGAAGGUGGACUUGAUGCUGUUAUGCAAGCUAUUGUUUGUGAUGAUAUUAUUGGUUGGAGAAAUGAUUCUCGAAAAUUAAUUGUUUUUUCAACAGAUGCUGGUUUUCAUUAUGCAGGCGAUGGAAGAUUGGCAGGUAUUAUUGAACCAAAUGAUGGUGAAUGUCAUAUGACGAAUAAUGAAUAUACACAUAGUGAUAAACAAGAUUAUCCAUCUAUUGGUCAAAUAAGCGCGAAAUUAAGUGAAAAAAAUGUGAAUAUUAUAUUUGCUGUGACACAAUCUCAAUUAGCUCUCUAUCAAACACUUACGGAAUUAAUCGAUGGUGCUGUUGUUGGUGAAUUAAAACAAGAUUCUAGUAAUAUUGUUAAUUUAAUUAGUCAAAAUUAUCGAAAAAUUUCAUCAUCGAUCAUGAUGAUGGUUUCUAAUGAUUUACCUGAUGGUUUGACAGUUAAAUUUACACCUGAUUGUCAAGAAAAUAAACGAAAUAAACCAGAAUGUACAGUUAAUGUUGGUGGUGUUCUUAAUUUUGAAGUUGAAAUACUUGCAACAAAAUGUAUAAAUAAUGGUGCACCAACAACAUUUUCAAUCUAUACUCAUGGAUUAAAUGAUAAAAUACGUAUAACAUUUCAAACAAAUUGUUCAUGUCCAUGUUCAAAAGUUCCACGUCAAGCAAAUGGUCCACAAUGUUCAAAUCAUGGUAUAUAUGAAUGUGGAGUUUGUGCAUGUGAAAAGGGUUUCUAUGGACGAGAAUGUGAAUGUGAUAAACAUUCAACAAAUGCUGAUGAAAAACGUAAACAAUGUAUAAAACCGGGAACAUCAGAUAUUUGUUCUGGACGCGGACAAUGUACUUGUGGAAGAUGUGCCUGUGAAUCAGCAACAACACUUGGAACGGAUCAACGUAUAUAUGGAGAUUAUUGUGAAUGUGAUGAUUUUUCAUGUCCAAGAAAGAAUGAUCUUAUUUGUUCGGGAGCUGAUCAUGGUAUAUGUACUUGUGAUAAACGAUGUAAAUGUAAAGAAGGUUGGACAGGAGAUGAUUGUUCAUGUACAACAAAAACGGAUACUUGUCGUGUGAAUAAUACUAUUUGUAAUAAUCAAGGUGUAUGUGAAUGUGGUCGAUGUAAAUGUAAUAAAGAUUCUGGAUAUCUGGGACCAACAUGCGAAGACUGUCCUACAUGUGAACAUCGUUGUGCUGCUACUAAAGAUUGUGUUCUUUGUAAAGUAUUUCAAAGUGGAUCAUUAACAGACGAACAAUGUGACCAAUGUCCAUAUCGCUUUGAAACUAUUGACGAUGCUCGAAAAGAUCGUUAUCAUCGUUUAUGUCAAUUUGAUGAUGAACAAGAUCAAUGUCGAUUUUUUUAUACAUAUCAUAAUGAAAAAGAUCAACUUGUUUUACGAGUUCAAAAAACUAAAAGUUGUCGACGUAUAUUAUCUGUUCGUUCAACAAUAAUAAUUAUUGUUUCAAGUAUAUUAGCAUUUGGUUUAUUUUGUUUAAUGGUAUGGCGUAUGUUAGCUACAUUACAUGAUCGAAGAGAAUUUGCUAAAUUUGAACAAGAACGUGAAAAAGCAAAAUGGGAAACAGAUGUAAAUCCACUUUAUCGCCAAGCAACUGUCAAAUAUCAAAAUCCGACUUAUCGUGGCUACAAAGUAGCUGCUGCCUUAGAUAGCAAUCAAUUGGUUACUUUUCUUUUUUAUGAAAUGCGUCUGAUGGAUCAUCAUGAUAAUCCGCAAAUUGUCAAACGAGACAAUAGUAAUCAUUCAAGUCCAAUACCAACACCAUCACCACCACCAAAUAAUCUACGUGUGAAUAGUAUUGUACGUUUAACAACGAUAUUUGAUGAUACACGUGUUGGAAAAGUUGUUGCAUUUGAUAAUGGAUCAAAUUUGGUUACAUUACAUAUGAAAGGUUCAAAACCAGGUUUAACAUCUAUUGCAGUUAUUAAUCUUAUUCAUUGUCGAGAAUGGACUGUUGUACAAGAACCAACGGAUGAAACACUUGAACCACUUUAUCCAAUUGAUAUAAAUAAAUUGAAAAAACGUCAAACAGAAAAUGAAGGUGAAAAAAGAAAAGAAGCAUUGUUUGUUAAUUUAAAAGCUAGUCGAACUGGUCAAGCACUAUUUCGAGAUAUAAAAAAGACGAUGAAUCAAGUUAUUCGUUGGUCAAAUAAUGAUAUUCUUAUUAAUAAUACUGUUCGAAUUGUUGAUCCAUAUCGUGCAGAACAUGUUUCUAUUGAUGCUCCACCACAAUCAGCUAAUACAACAGUUUCUAAAACAUCAGCCAAAGGAGAUAAUGAUACAAAAACACAUAUUAUUAAAUUGGUAGAUAAAUUUUGGUUAGACCAAGCAAAACUAUCAUCGAAUACGGAUUCAAAUUCGUCUACACGAAAUAAAUCAGACAAUUCAAAUAAACAAGUAGAUUCAACAUCAACAGCUUGA